AUGGUCGCUGUUGCGUUGUUCGUGUUUUUCAAAUCCUCUCUCAAUCGUUUCAGGCGUUUCGAGACGUCUUUCUGCGUGAACUCUUUCCGCUUGUUCUUCAUCGAAUUCGUUCCAAUUCCGUUCCCGGUGCGUGCUUUUGCAUCGUUCACUUCUGCGCUCAAUAUCGUCAUCUUUUUUCGAAUGCGAGAGAAAAGAGCGCCAGAAAAAACAUUCACUCUUUUGACGGGCAAAACGAUCACCUUGGAAGUGGAAUCCUCGGACACCAUCGACAACGUCAAGGCGAAAAUCCAAGACAAGGAAGGCAUCCCUCCUGACCAGCAGCGGUUGAUCUUCGCCGGGAAACAGUUAGAAGACGGACGCACUUUGGCGGAUUAUAACAUUCAAAAAGAGUCCACGUUACACUUGGUGUUACGCCUGAGAGGCGGGCACUGCCAAGUCCCGUGCGGGAUAUUCGACGAUCCGAUGAUAUGCGCCAAGUUGCGACAAGACGCGGCGACGGUGAGGAAGGCGAUGGCGCAAGCCGGGGAGUUACACCCGGAAGCAGGGACGAGUUUGCUCGCGAUGAAUCAAGUGACCAGGUGGAUCGUGACGAAGGAAGAGCACUGCAAGAAUAUCAUCCAAACUGUGAGCGAGUACAUGUUGUGUCAGCGAGUGAAAAGAGCGGAGAUUAAAACCGAGGAGGAGUACUUGGAGGUGUUGAAGUUACACCACGCGGCGAUGCAAGCGGCGAUGAAGUGCAAACAAACGUGCGAUUUGGCGCAAGCGGACGAUUUGGACCACUGUCUCGACCACUUGUGCAAAGUGUACACGAAAUGA